CAUAUUUAGUAGAGAAAAAAAAUGGGAAAGAAUUUAGCUUCUUAAUACCCAGCAGUGCGGGGAACUGCUGGAUGCAAGCGAAGUGAAACAUUCUGUACAAACAAAAACACAAAAGAAAGGAAAAAAACCAGAAUAUGCAUAAUAUAUGAAGCAACUCUCCACCGGGCGGGUUGAGCAGAUCAAAUAAGAUGAAAAAGAAACAAAACAGCGCAUCUUACCACACAAGCGGAUCGGAGCGGUGUACGUUUUAACCGUAUUUUUGUUCGAAACCUGUUGUGUGUUGUGUGUGCGCCAGUACCGAGCGGUGGGAUGAUGAGGUCACCAUCAGCUCCAGCAGGUCAUCGCCGCCGCCAGGAUUGAUCAGCGCGAGUGCUUCGGCAUAAUCAGUCGAAGUUCGACACUGAACCCGCUCGAACGGUGGUUUGUGGUGCUCUAUUGGGUGGAUCGUACUGCACUGUAUCUGCGUCUUGAACGAGAUCGUCAUCAUCAUGCGUUGGCUGGAAGCUGGUUGGAUCGCUGCCGUAGUGCUUUGCACUGGAGCACUGGCCCAACACUGCGAUGUACCGGUGGCACACUACAAAACCAUGGGCUGCACCGCGGUGGGAAUCACCGCCACGACCGGCUGCCCCGAGCGCUACGAGUGCCCUUCGUUGACGGCUCACGAUAACGAGAAGUGUUACUUCAAUGGUAAAGCGUACGCGAUUACCGAAACCAUCCCGAACGAGCUGGUGGCCCCGUUCUGUUCCGUACUGUGCUACUGUCGAGCCGCGAACCCGUACGCCAAAUUCCGCUGCGCACACAUCGAUUGUCCGGAGUUUUUCCAGCGGUUCGACUACGACAACUGCUACCGGAAGUACGAGAAGGGUAGCUGCUGUGCGGCGGGUAAGGUAUGCGGUGAGGAACGCGCAAAGCUGGCCACCUGCGAGCUCGAGCACGAAAUCUACCACGAAGGUCAACGAAUGUAUCUGAAGGAUCAACCGUGCCGUAGUUGUAUUUGCCGGCCAGGUUUUAAUGCGAGCGCCACCGCAACGGAUCCGAACUGCUACGAGUCGGCCUGUGGGUUCGAGCUGUUCGAGGAGAAGCAAUUGUACGGUGGUGGCAUUCCGGUGUACAAGAAGGAUCGCUGCUGCCCCUGGGAAUGGCGCUUGCCGCUCGAAACGGACAAGGUGGUGAAGGGAAGCAAUCCGACGGCAUCGAAGCAGCAGUGCAAGUACGGUAAGCUGACACUCAAUGUAGGAGACUCACUGGAUUUGGGAAAAUCGGCAACGAAUUCCGAUGGAUCGAAACUUUCCUGUACCUGCGCCAUUCCACCGCUGGUCCACUGUGUUCUGAAUUGAAGCGCACCGAAACGUGAUGUUCUGGCAAUGUUCCCUUUAAUAAAAUUCUAACCCUUGUUUUUGCAUUAAGUUCCCGUUGCCUGCCGG